CCAACCCUCUUUCUCUCUCUCACUCUCAAUUGCGCUCGUCUUUACGGCCCCACUCGCUUCGGACAGUGGCCACUCAGCCCCUCCUCAAAAGUCAGCGGCGGCGACUACGCCCAAAACCUUCACCAACGCCGCCGUGCCUUUCACCUCCGGGAUAUCUUAUUGACAUUUAAGCUGAAUUCGAGGUCUCAUUGUUGCUCGGGAUUUGAUGGAGUAUGAGAUUGAUGGUGAUUUAAAUGGCGAGGUAGUUGGAAGUUCGACUAAUUUCGAAUCAAGAACAGAAGACAACGAUAUCGAUAACGAUAAUCCAAUUCUAGAAAGUUCUGCUGAUGUGGCGUUUCAUCAAGAACUAGAAAUUAAGGUUGACGAUGAAGAUUCUUCAGACAGGGAAUUGUUCCGACUAGACGAGUUGCAAGAUGUCAAUUGUUCAAAUCCGACAGACGAACCCUAUGUGGGCCAGGAGUUCGAUUCCGAAGCAGAAGCGCACGCAUUUUACAACUCGUACGCGACGAGGGUCGGUUUCGUAAUCCGCGUGAGCAAGCUUUCUCGAUCGAGGCGCGACGGGUCCGCCAUUGGCCGAGCCCUUGUCUGUAAUAAAGAGGGUUUCAGAAUGCCAGAUAAGCGCGAGAAGAUAGUAAGGCAGAGAACCGAGACUAGGGUUGGUUGUAGAGCGAUGGUUUUGGUUAGGAAAAUAAAUUCUGGUAAAUGGAUUGUGACGAAGUUCGUGAAGGAGCACGCGCAUUCUCUUACACCCGGUAGAGGUCGUAAAGAUUUAAUUUACGACCAAUACCCUAACGAGCAUGAUAAAAUACGGGAGCUUUCGCAACAGCUGGCGAUUGAGAAAAAGAAAGUAGCGACGUAUAAACGUCAUUUGGAAAUGAUCUUUGAUCAUAUUGAAGAACACAAUGAAUCUCUUGCGAAGAAGAUUCAAAGCAUUGUGAACAAUGUUAAAGAGAUGGAAUCGAACGAACAACUAGGUCAAAGACAUUGUUGACGCGUAUUUCGUGCGAGAGGUAUGUGGAAUUCUGUUGGAUGGAGGAAGUUUCUUGAAGUAUAAUUUGAUUGAUUUUUAUUUUUCAGAACUUUUUACCCUCCUCGGAUAUGAAUUUGAUGAUUAGAAGUCGGUUUGCAUCUAUCCGUUUUUUUAGUCAUGUGUACAUUUUUCGUAGGAAUAGUGGGUGCAGAAUGUGUAUCGGUGUGUGCUGUCAAAUUGAGAGGCUAUUAAAUGUCUCGUGAAAUUCGAAAAUUUUGAUAAAUAAUUAUCAAUUUUAAUCAACAGGGGGAAAACACCUUUCUGUGCGACUGUGGUUUUCGAUUUUGCUUAGUGAAUCGGUUAUUUUUUCGAACAAAUUCAUUGGAAUGUGAUAUUAUUUUGCAUGGAA